AAAAAGGAAAAAAAAAAAGGGGGAAAAGGAAGACGAGAGAAGCGAAAGGAGCGCGAAGGAAUUAAAAAAUAAAAGAGGAUUAAAGAGGAAAGAGCAGAAGGAAAAAGAAGGAAGAAGGAAGAAAAAGGGAAUAAAGGAGGAGAGAAGAAGGAGAAAAAAGCAGGAGAAAAGGCUGAUUUGGGAUGCAGCUGCUCCUGGACAGACCCAGAGCAUUCCCAGGAGCCUGAGUGGAACCAGAGCAGCACCAGAGGGUCCCAUGGAGCAGGAGGGGACCCCCGAGCCCCCCAAAGAGGCUGCGGGUGGGGACGGAAUUCCUGGUGCUGGGGAUGAAAUUCCAAAUGUUGGGGACACAGUUCCUUUUGUUGGGGGUGCAAUUCCCAAUGUUGGGGAUGGAAUUCCCAGUGUUAGGGACACAAUUCCUGGUGCAGGGCAUGGAAUUCCCGAUGUUGGUGACAGAAUUCCCGGUGUUGGGGACACAAUUCCCAAUGCUGGGGACACAAUUCCCAAUUUUAGGGAUGGAAUUCCCAAUGUUGAUGACGCAAUUCCCAAUGUUGGUGACACAAUUCCCGGUGCAGGGAAUCCCCAGGAAGGUUCUGGGGGUCCAUCCAGGCAGCUGGAGGGGGUCUCCAGCCCCCAGGGACCCCCGGGGGGCUCCCCCAAGGAACAGCAGCCCCUGCAUGAGGAGGGGUCCCCAAAGGAGGAAGGGUCCCCGAAGGAAGGGGGGUCCCCCAAAGAGCAGCUCCCACAGGACAAGGGGUCCCUGAAGGAGGAGGGGUCUCCCCAGGACAGGGGGUCCCCCCAGGACAGGGGGUCCCCGCCGGCCGAGCCCCCCCGGGCGCAGCCCCCCGGGGAUUUUUACUUUGUCAAGUGGAUCCUGUGGAAGGGGCAGCGCACGGCCCUGGUGACCCAGGGCGAGAACGGGCCCUGCCCGCUGCUGGCCAUCAUCAACAUCCUCCUCCUGCAGUGGAAGGUGAAGCUGCCCCCGCAGACAGAGGUGGUCACGGCCGAGGAGCUGAUGGCACAUUUGGGGAAUUGCAUCCUGGCCACCCAACCCAAGGACACCUCGGAGGGGCUGCAGCUGAACUUCCAGCAGAACAUCAGUGACACCAUGACAGUGCUGCCCAAGCUCUCCACGGGGCUGGACGUCAACGUGAGGUUCACGGGGGUCUCAGAUUUCGAGUACACCCCCGAGUGCAUCGUCUUCGACCUCCUCAACAUCCCACUGUACCACGGCUGGCUGGUGGACCCCCAGAGCCCCGAGCAGGUGCAGGCCGUGGGCAAGCUCAGCUACAACCAGCUGGUGGAGAAGAUCAUCACCUGCAAGCACGCCAGCGACUCGCGCCUGGUGAGCGAAGGGCUGGUGGCAGAGCAGUUCCUGGAGGCCACGGCGUCCCAGCUGACCUUCCACGGGCUGUGCGAGCUCACGGCGCGCGCCCGCGAGGGAGAGCUCGGCGUCUUCUUCCGCAACAACCACUUCAGCACCAUGAUCAAACACAAGGGCCACCUCUACCUGCUGGUGACCGACCAGGGCUUCCUGCAGGAGGAGGGGGUGGUGUGGGAGAGCCUGCACAGCGUGGAUGGCGACAGCUGCUUCUGUGACACCGAGUUCCACCUCAGCCACCCCCCGGGCAAGGACGGGGCCAGCGCGGCCCCCCCGGACCCCCGGCUGCAGCAGAGACAAGUGGACCAGGAUUUCAUGGUGGCCCUGUCACUGCAGCAGGCACAGGACCCCUCCUCGGUGCUCAGCGACCUGGAGCUGGCGCGGCAGCUGCAGCAGGAGGAGUACCAGCAGCACCAUCCUCAUCCUCACCCUCAUCCUCAUCGCCCUGCUCCUCCUCAGCUGCUCCCAGCGCAGGCGGAGCGGCGGCGCCAGAGGCCGGAUUCGGACUGCACCCUCCUCUAGCACCCCGUGCCUGGGGGUCCCCACGCCUGCAGCCCCCCAAAACCCUGCUCUGCAUCCUCCAGGGACAUCCUGGGGGUCCCUGUGGGCUGGAGAUGAGGGGUGACCGUCUGAGACCACCCCAGGAACACCCCAAACUUCCCAGUGGCCUUAACACAGGGGGGGUCCCACACCUCAAUCCACACUCCAGGACACGGGUGGGUGUGGGUGUGGGGAUGGGGGGACACCCGCACACCCCUGUUCAAAAUGUGGCCUUAGCCCUCGGCAAGUAAAGGACUUGUCCCCCUGCA